UUAUCUCUGAGAGUGUAUCAUCUAUGCAACGUUGCAAAGCAUGCAACCAGUGCUUCCGGUGCUCCGAUUUCACCGAUUUCUUCAUUCCUCCAGAUUCUGCCCAGGUCGAGUCUCCUUUAAAUAUCCACCGGAGUGCAUUAAUUAAACCCGAAAAAAGCUCGUGCUUUCCCCCCGAGUACUAUUUCUCACCGGAGGUCCGCGAUGGCAGCUCGGUGCACAAGCUCAUACCGAGAGGGAGCGCGAGGAGAGCACGAGCAUCUCUCUGUCACAGCAUCGCCUCCAUUGCGAGCACAUCCGACAUCCUGCAUGAUGGCUUUAUCCUAGACGUGUCGUGCACGCGAGCUUGUGAAGGUUGUUGUUUUGCUCGGUCUUGUUUUGUUUUGGUUUUUGUUUUGCAUAUGAAUGCAUGCAUUCGCGUCGUCGCGUUUAUCCUUCGGCAUCUUGUUUUUGUUUUACGCCCCGCCGGGGAAUGCGAGCGAGGCAUCAUGGUGCGCAUCCUCAGCGCCCUCGGCUUGGUGAUGUUCAGCGUGGCUCUGCUCAUCCUCUCUCUCAUCAGCUACGUGUCCAUAAAGAAGGACGCCAUCUUCACGGGCCCCAAAUACCCGAGCGGCGGCGGGCCGCGGAUGUACAUGUUUCACACGGGUUUUAGAUCCCAAUUGGCAAUGAAGUUUCUGGACCCAGCGUUUACACCCCUGAACAACGCUCUAAAUGAGAACCUUCAGGAGAAUUCCUCCAAGUGGAAGUUUAAUAAGACGGGAUAUUUAGAGCAAAGUAAAGAGAUCGCCCAGUACAUCGACGUGCCACGUAACUUCACCCUGACCAAGAGCAGCGUCCGCGUGGGUCAGCUGAUGCACUACGACUACUCCAGUCAUAAAUACGUCUUCUCCAUCGGCGAGAACUUCCGUUCCCUCUUGCCGGACUCGUCACCCAUCCUUAACAAGCGCUACAACACGUGUGCCGUGGUGGGAAACAGUGGCAUCCUGACGGGCAGCCGGUGCGGUGCCGUCAUCGACGCCUACGACUUUGUCUUCCGCUGCAACUUCGCACCUACUGAGGUCUUCCGCAGGGACGUGGGCCGACGCACAAACCUCACGACCUUCAACCCCAGCAUUCUGGAGAAGUACUAUAACAACCUGCUCACCAUCCAAGACCGGAACAACUUCUUCCUGAGCUUGAAGAAGCUGGAUGGUGCCAUCCUGUGGAUUCCGGCCUUUUUUUUCCACACCUCGGCCACGGUCACACGCACGCUGGUGGAUUUCUUUGUGGAGCACCGGGGGCAGCUGAGGGUGCAGCUCGCCUGGCCUGGGAACAUCAUGCAGUAUGUCAACAGGUACUGGAAGACAAAGCAGCUCUCCCCGAAGCGCCUGAGCACGGGGAUCCUGAUGUUCACUCUGGCCUCGUCCCUGUGCGAGCAGAUUCACCUGUACGGCUUCUGGCCGUUUGGCUGGGACCCGAACACGGGCAAGGAGCUGCCCUACCACUACUACGACAAGAAAGGCACCAAGUUCACCACCAAGUGGCAGGAGUCGCACCAGCUGCCCACCGAGUUCAAGCUACUAUUCAAGAUGCACACGGAGGGCAUCCUCAAGCUGAGUCUCUCGCACUGCGCAUAGAGGUCAAAACCCCGGAGGUCAGAAGGGCACAGGGAUCCUAAAGCUGGAGAUGCGGGGCUUUUUUAAAGGCGCAUAUCAAAACUUAACACUUAUUUAUGCUAGUAUCGAUGACGUCAAGUGCCAAUCAGCGACAUUUUUAUGAUGCAGCUUUUACAAACAGCGCCCUGACACUCGUACGGGAAGUACGUUAGCCGUGCCGGCUGUUAGCGAACGCCGACCUGGGUCCAGACCAGCAAUUUACUGAACCAAGACUUUUGAAAACGUGUUCAAGCCAGUCACAAGGACGGGGCAGAACAGACACACCAUGACCAGAGAGACAUUUCAAGACCCUGUUCGCUUUAAAGGCUAAUAUAAUUAAUAAAAAUGACACGCUAAUAUAAUAUCAUUCUGCAUCUGUAGAUGAAAUCGGAGCGCUAUUCACCAUCAUCGGAUGGUUUUGAAUGUAAAAAACGAAUGUUAUCACUUCAUAGUCAUUUCAGUAGUGAAAAAGAGCAACGUUAAUUCUUCACUCCACAUGUAGAUGCGCAUCUAUACGUUUGAUAUGUGUUCGAUCUCCAUAUAGACAGGAUCUCACUUAUAUAGACUAGACACCUGUGAUAACUGAAUGUUUAGAGUUAUUAUUGAAUUCAGUAGGCUUUGUAGUGUCGAUUCUGACAGGGAGAAACCAUUUUGACUGGACAGCUGUCCUGUCAUUCAAUCCUAAAGGCAGGGAAAAAACCCUAACCGAACCACACGGUAAGGGUUCUAGGUUUAUUUAUUAAAGGAGCAAUCUGUAAUUUUUCAGUCUAUCUCCUGGCUGUAAGGUGAAAACACUGACAAGCCUUUGCUCCUCCCCCGACUGAGCCAAUUGUUAUUGCUUUAUACAAGUUGCCUUUCAACGAAAUGGGGCGGAGCUCAUUUCAGGGCCAGAAAUUUUUUUCAAGCAAAAGCCUGAAAGAAAGAGACUAACGAGACAUGUUGCACGGCGGAAUUGCAGACUAUUUUUUUCCUAAGAAAAUCUUUAAACCAUUAAUAGGUUAAAGGAGGUUUAGGAACACCUUGAAUUAUUACUAACCGCACCUUUAAAAAAAAUCCAGAAUUUCCUGAUCUACAGAUAGGUUUGUUCUGUGAUCGCUGACUUACUGAAACGUUGCACAUUUAUGAAUGUUAUCAGAAUGUGUGUGCGUGUGUGUAUCUGUGAGAAUUACAUAUAUAUAUAUAAUAUAUCUGUAUGUGAAAAGACGAGAAUGUCGACUUUCCGGGUCAAGCUUCCGAAUAAAAGUGUUUUUUUUAAAAGAAAAUCCCAAACUCCUGCACCUUACACACAACUGCUUAACGGCUGCAGUAAUACCAGGCAGAUGCACACGAACCCUCUCGCCCUGCGCUUAGAGGUCAGGGGUGGAGGUUAGAAAGGUCACAGGCCAGGAUUUUAGGCUUUGCAGAUGGAGGUGUGGGCAGAUUUAGGCUUUCUUUUUUUUUACAGGCGCAUAAAACCGGCCUGCUGUCUUUGUCUCGGCUUUCCCUUUUAAAAUACUCCCAGCUCUCGUAACCCGGCUCAAAGGUUCUUGAAGGUCCGGUGUGGAAGGCUUCAGCAAAGAGCCGUUUAUUUAACCAACACUUGAGCCAGAAGCUUUUUUCCUCGCAGCGUCCAUUACUCAAACGAGCUGCUGCUACUUUUGGGAAACACACUGAUCAGACCCAGAUCGGGAAAAGUUCCAGUAUUGGUUGCACAAAUGCUAAUUUUAGUAUUUUCCAGUACUUAGUCAUAUUGUAUUACGUCUGCUUAUUAAGCGUCCUGCUCUGAGAUUUAUCAGAACGUCCACAUGAAACCGCACGGCCCUGAUAAAGCCGGGCUUAACAUAGCGGCAGAUAUAUAUAUUUACGAGACGAGAAAACUUACUGUAAGAGCAGGAAAAAAGCCGGAUCCAUGAAGGAAAUCCCUGCUCAUUUAACAAGAGAAAACGAAUAUGUUAUAUGAUUUCUGGGAAGCUUUCCAGUACUUUCACACAUUUCUCUAAAUAAAUGGACACCCCAUUGAAAGUUGAUUUAAUAUGUAUGUUUUCUUCCUCCUCAUUUGUGCCACUCAAUGAUAAAGCAAUUUAGAAAUCUAUGAUAAAUGUAUUGACUCGAUCGAUUAAAAAAAAAGAAAAAGUGUCACGGAAAGAGAAUAAAUAGAACAAACGCCACGUCAACGAAUCAGCGGCUCGAUAGAUCGACAUUAACAGCCUUUAAUAAAGAAUAUCAGUCCACGGCGCUGUCAGAUUCUCCAUUAUAUCUUUGCUUACAGGAUGCUAAUUCAUUUUCCGUAACAGCAGCUCUGACAGUUCUGUUAAAGCGCUCGUUCUGAUACGGUAUUGUUUCUAUAGCAACAAGCUCGUUUACAAGGAGCUGCGGAUAGACAGAUUAGAUCGUUUAUAUGAAAGGCGUGGUUUGUUAUACGGUUAGGGCAGGAGUCUCCAGUGUCAGAGCGGUGUAACAGUCCGAGGUAAAGCUGUACGUUUGCUGUGGAGUUAAUAAAAUGUAACUGGAAACAGAUAAAAAAGUACAACAUGUCAUUUCUUUAAUUAAAAUGUAUAUGUCUUGGCAAAUUGCUGUGGUGUGGACGUGGAGUUAGAGAAAAAUAUUCAAAACACGUCGCUGAUUAUUUCCUUAUGACGUCACAACACAUACAGAUUUUUUGUUUGUUUGUUUUUUCUUUUUAUUUACAUUUUUAUUAUCAACUCAUCCAGGAUUUAUUAUUAAAAAAUAAUUGUAAUGAAUUCUAAUGAUUUUAAAACAUUAUACAUAUUUGAAAUUAUUUUAUUUCAUAAUAAUACUACUACUAAUAAUAAAAAUAAUAAUAAUAACAGUAAGAAAAAAGAAAAGAUUUUUUUUUAAAUGUUUUAAUUAAGUUCAUUUUAAUUAAAUUUUAAUUUUAAUGCCUAUUAAAAUGUGAUUUCUUUCCUAAAAUUUUUAUUUAUUUUUUUAAUUCUUUUUUAUAUUUAUGAUUCUAUCUCCUGCUUUAUUCGUUUAUUCGUCGAUAUCAAUUUACUGAUCAGGUGAAAAUGAUUGAGUGGCACAAACGAACCUCUGCUGAAUUUUUAAAGGCAAACUUAUUGUUAUUUAUUUGUUUAUUUAUGAAUUUGAAUUUUCUUCUUUUUUGGGGGGGGGCCCUGAUUCACCAAAUUUUUUGUGUUAUUUUUUGUCUUAUUUUAUUUUUAUUUUUUAUUAUAAUUAUGUUCCAGUGAAACUUUCAGACGAUUUCUGGUGCAUCAGUUAAUUGACCAAAGAGCAAGAACGACACAGCCAGAUUUCUGUGAGAUGUUCGGUGGCUGUUCCUUCACCUUCGCAUGACCAUGCAGAUGUUUCUGUAUCAAUUAAACCUGACUAUAAUGAUCUUCUAGCGUUCACUCUUCUAAUACUGAUCUAAUAUCAUGGCGUAUUCCGUGAUCCUACUUUCUUCUGAGACAGACAGGAAAAUGAAUCUGAUUUAAACACAAUUUCUACCUUUAUUUAUGGGUGUGUACUAUGUCUGUGCUUUCUUUUUUUUUGUUUUCAUUAAAAAUGAGCUGUUCCUGAUCGUCUCAUGGCUUCCGGAUUUCGAAAUCAGACACCAAACACGUCUAAAGAAUUACAUCAUACAAGGGUGUGGUUACAGGCGUGUAUGACGGAAUACCAUGAUCAUGAAAAUUAUGAAUGGAUGGAGUGAUUAAAAAUAUAUAUAUAAAAAAGAAGCACUGUCUCUGUUCCAAUACUAUUGGGUAUGUUGUAUAUUGGCAGAAUGUAAAUCCCUAUUUGUAAAUCCCUAUUUGUUUCUUCUGAGGAGCUGAGAUUAUUAAGUUUAUUUCAUCUGAAUUUGCAAAAUUGAUGCUGUUCUCCGUCCUCCCUCUUUACUCGUGCACUAUAAAGUAAAUGAGGGAUUGUGGGGACACCAAACAGUGGCUAACGUUAGGGGUCCAAGCACCAAGCUGCCGUUUUUCUCAUUAAUAUUAUCUUUACUAUAAUCUUCCAAAUACUCACUGUAUUUUUCCUCACUUUUCAUUAGUCAUUUCAAACAUAUUGCACUUGCCAUAUUUUCUAGGUUAUAAAGCCCUAUUCGGACGGGAUUCUUUUCUGAAUCAAAUCCAUUUUUAUCAUUAGCAUUUAAAUUAGCAUAUUAAUACUGACCCUUUUUUAGGUCCUUCAGGAAAAUUCUACUUCAAUAACACAUAAAUAAAAAGAAAAUCUUAUUAGUUCACUAAGUAGUGCACUCUAGUAGUCGUGGAUUGGGGGUUUAAAACAGUUCCAGUGAAUUCAGGUAGAAAUCGUUAAAAAUUCUAUUCAUGAAACAAUCAAUGCGUCUAUCAAUGCGGCGCUCAGCUUUAAUCAGCUGGCAGUGAAUGUUAGGGGUCCAAGCACCAAAGGUUUAUUGUUUUCUUUGCUCAUUUCACUCUACCCUUACACUUAAAAGCAAUAUUUUAGAACAUAUCAUUAUUUAGAAGAUAUCAAUAAAUCCUAAUUUUAUUGUUAUUUAUAUCACUUCUUUUACAAAUAAAAGCAAUGUAAGAUACAGUCUAAACCCAUUUAGAUGAAAAAAGCAGCACUGGUCCAGUUAAAUGAGCU